ACGGAUUUUAGCAUCAUCAUGACAUUGAAUAUGUGCAAAAUAUCUUUUUUUUUCAGUUUUUCCGCUGCUUUACGUGACGUGGUUGUGUGUUUAAAGCCGCUUUAAACUUUAAAAAAUGACGCUAGUGAGAGUUAUUAAUGUUUUAAAGGCUUUUCCCGGAAUAAUUUUAUUUUUGUAUAUAACACGCUUACAUACAACAGCGCAAAUAACCGAAGAAUUCUCUCAAGAAAUGACUACCAUAAUGUCCACCACCGCUCUACCACCUCCACCUGAAGCGACUACACAAAAAACGAAUAUGCCCUCUAGUGUUGAAAUUUUGACAAGCUACGUACUACCUGGAAUAGGAAAUAGCGUUAAGUUAGUUUGGGGAUCGGAUCAAGGCCCAAAUAAGGAUAAUCUGACUUAUGGAGUUCAUUUUGGUUUAGAAGAGGGAGAACUUCAAUAUCCAAAACUAACGACGCCAAACCAGAGCGUAAUUAUAGAAGAUUUGGAAUACUGUACUAAAUAUGACUUUGCAAUAACAAUUCUAAGUGAAAACGGACUAGACAACAUAAAAAUCAACCCAAAUACUAUCAGGACAAUAAUUACUGGCGGUGAUCAAAUGGAGGCGCCAACAAAUCUAACGGUUGAAUUAGAAGCAAGGGCUCAUCCAUGCAUCGACAUUAAAUGGUCAUCUGCUUGUCCUAAUGUAGUUGAUCCCAUUGGAUAUGUCGUUUCUGCUAUGGACAAAAAGACGUUAAAAUACACAGUGGUUACCUUACCAAAGACAAAGAGAUCCGACCUUAUCUAUCGAAUGCCUGUGGAGUAUAACGAUUCCUUUGAGAUCCGUGUAUCGACAACGUUUCCUGGCUCGAAGGCGGCCAGCCCUUUGACCUAUCAAGUUCCAAAGCCUUUGCAGCCGUAUAAGGUGAAGGUUACGAUUAAUCAGGAGGAGGGAGCUUUCUUGAUAUAUUGGGCGGAACCGUUUAUACCAUUGAGUAUAGGAAGAUAUUAUUAUCAAGUAUUUGUCUAUCCGGGCCAAGACUUAGAAGCCCCAUACGAAAAAUACUACGUCACGAGGCCAGUGAUGGUUUAUAAAGGUGAAAGAGGAGAAUACUCGUUCAGUGUUAAUUUUGCAUCAAAUGACAGAAAACAUGUCGGAGACAUAACGAAACCAAUUUAUGCAAACUUAAAUGGUGAAAGUUACGAGUUGAACGCUACAUUUACGGAAACUCCAGAUAGAUAAUGUUUGUUUCAUGUUUCAGAUACAUUUGUUUGUUAAAUGAAUAAAUAAUUGUUUUAAUA